UUGAACAGAACUAGCAUUAGCGGUAGCAACGGUUUUGCUCGCCGUGGUCAAGUCAUUGACACUGGGGUGGGGGGGUGGGGGGUGGGGGGUGAUCAUCACAUGACAAACAAAUAGAGAAGGCCUGCUGAAGAAAUGUAUCCUCAAUUGAAGCAUGUUUUUUUUCUGCUUCAAUACUGUAUCAUUACAGGUUAACUGUUCAACAAUGCUAAAAACAGUUAUGGUUCUGAAUUGACAUUUCCCCAAAAGAUUCAAAUUCAGGGUUUUUUGGGGGGUGGUUUGUGCAUGAACUGGCUUGCACUCUCUUAGUUUGAUUGCUCCGAGUGUUUCUUAUUUCUUCAGGAUAAUGCUGCAUGUUUUGCAUACGUUAGUCGCUAGUUUUGAGUCUUUGGAGUGACGUGAAGAUUCGGCUCUACGGCCUGAUCACAGCAACAAAACACUUCUGGACGAAUAGAUUUCAAAGAGUGAUGAUGGAGUGUUUUGUGCUUUCAAGUCGAUCCGGCACAUGCGGAUUCAGUGGUGUGAUGUCAAGCCCGUUCACACUGCAGUUGAAGCAAUCGCAUUUCGCCAAACACUUAACGGACUCAAAGUGCAUUUGAAACAUCCAACCCCCUGUGGAGAAAUACGUGACCCAACUUUUGAUGCAUGUCGUUGUUUGCGGAAAAGUGACGUGGCCGGCAAUGCUUUGACCACACCUUAUUGAGAGGUUGUCAUCUCCGUUGCACUACCAACCACCAAGGCAGGGGAUUUAUUUUUAUUUGUUUUCAAUAUCACGGGCGGGUGUCACUGUUGCAUUAAUUCCGGGCUUCAGCGGUGAUCAUUCUGACGCGUCCGUCAAGUAUCCUCAAAUCAGCUAAAUUCUAAACAGGUGACAUAUGCAAAUGUACAUAACAAAUGCAAAGGCUGACUUAAAGACGAGGCAGUGCCAUUGCACCACUAAAUCCAUGUCGAGCCAGCGUGUCCUCAAGGAUGUGCAAUGAACUCUCUGCUGAAGAGUCCAUCUCCCUCCUCUCCAUUUUCUUGUCUCUCGGUCUCCUCUGACCUCUGAUUUAGUUUGCGGCGAGUGGGCACUACCGUCCUCAGGAAUGGCACUACUCCCGCCUCCACAAUGCUCUUUUGGGACCCUUUGGGGAACUGAUGACCGAGGGCGAUCUCAACCGCAUUGAGAAGCAAAUUGAGAACCUGCAGGUGAUGCACAAGGUCUCAGAAGUUGAGAAGGAGCUGGAAGAACUCGAGCGGGAACUGCAUCAGCUUCUACCCGUUUCGGCAGCGCUCACUCAAGGACAUUUUUCAGUCCAUCCAAAGCAGGUGCACGGCCAAGCUGAAGAUCUCCCAGCCUGGUGUAGCAAAAUUUCGACCUUGCUCAAGAGCAUGGCCAUCCUCCUCGCCACGCUGGGGGGCAAAGAGAUUGACAUUCUGGAACUUGUAAGCCCCGCAGGUUCUCAAAAAGGGACAAAGAACGCAGCUGCAACUCAUCCAGAUCCGGUAUCUGCGGUAUUGAUCGGGCGCUCUCAGUCUUUCUCGACGAAAGAAGAGGUCGAGAAGGAGAUGAGGCAGUUUGGUGUAUCGGUGAGGAACCUCAAGGCGAAUUAUGAAAUUCCGUCGCAGUCUGCAAGUAGCAGAGAAACGAGGGUGUACAAACGCCAGAGCUCACUCCCAGUUGCGAGUAAAUCUCAGGAAAAUCUGGAAACGCUUUGUCAGGAUGACGCAGGUUCUCCCGUUGACUGGCCUCAGUCCCGCACUAACCGCUCUCUGCCUUCAAAGGAGGAAUCGGUCUUGAAACUUGUUGAGGGGCCAGUAAUCGGGGCAUCUUAUGCAACCACCGAGAUACCGAUUGAAGAGUUUAACCAGAUCCUUUCUGCGGACCCCUUUUUAAACCACCGCCACCAAACAAGAAGUUUGGAGGUGCAGACAGAUCUCAGCUACGUUCAGGAAUGCAUCGAAACAAGAAAAGAGAGGAUCGUCUUCCUGUUUCUUGAACACUGGCGCAAGUACACCAUCUCGGAAUCGGUCAGAAGAGGGACCCAUCUGGACUUGAGCUGGGAAAACGGCGAGGAUGACAAGCUCCUCCUUUUCAUGAAGUCCAAGCAGGUGGUGGGGAAACUGAUCGGCCACUGGAGGACCAUCAUGAGCCAGGUGCCCAGUCGCCAAAUCCGCAGGCUGAGUCGAACCCAGAUGAUCUACUGGCCGGAACACUUCUUGCCACACAUCGACGGCUCGCCCGUGAGCUACGAAAGCCUGACGCUUGAUCUUUUCAUGCUUGGAUACUUCCAGCUGCUGGAAAUGAACUUGUCGCGCGACGAGCGUAAAUUCCGCCACCUCCUGUGCUACGAGAUGUUCGAUCGUCUCGGUCGGCAUCGCUGGGAGAUCAUAAAGCAGUUUCACAAGGAGGUCCUGGGGCAAGUCGAAAGAGGAAAGAGAGACUGGGCGGAUGGUUUUGAGGACGUCAAGCUCAAGUACUUUGGCGAUGCGGAUGACGAGGGAGGCGUGAUGUCGGCCUCUCUGCAUUCCGCGUCUCCUGAGGUGGCCCGCAGUCCCAUGGAGGAGUCCCAUCCGCCGCCGCCUUGUCAUCCUCCGCCCCCUCCGCCUCCAAACGCAAGUCCCAGUCCGACGUGUGCUCCUCCAUUAGAUCCGCGCUUUGCCGCGGCCCCGGAUGGUGCACUGGACACCGGUGGAUGUGCGUCAAUUAAAAACCUCAAGAGACUUCAGGAGACGACUGGAAGCCAUGAAGUCGCUGCAGUCGAGGGUGCGGCUGUUAAGACCACCGCAGAACCGCUUCAUAAAACUCCAAGUCGAGAAAAACUCGAUUCCAUUCAAGUGAUCUAUGAACUCAAGGAGUUCAGUAAUGAGGAGAUCAUUCGGUACAUUGAUCGAAGCUUCGCCUUCUGGAAGGAAAAGGAGGCGGAGCUUUUUGCCAUCUGACACGUCUUUUGACUAACACAUCCGCAUUCCAGCAGACGGAAAAUGCGUGAUCAGUCGAAUGAUCGUGCACUUUUUAGUCAGUUGAGAAAAGAAAGCAAUUGGUUGUUUGCUUUAGGCCGCGUCACAUGAGGUACUUGGAGUAAGAGAGGCACAGGGCGACCUCUCAGCUGUACUGGACGAAAAGAAAUUCCAUGGUGUCAAAAGUCACAAAGGUUUAAGCACGCAUUGGGAAUGUCUUCCAUAAAGAAGGGAUAAAACAGAAGAAAUGGUACCUGUGCGAAAAGUUUUGAUUUGCCGUACACGUGCUUGCUUUAGAUCAGCGGUCCUCAAACUUUUUUGCCCCCUGAACUGUUUUAAUGUCAGACAAUAUUUUCAGGGACCGGCCUUUAAAUACAACAAAAUAUCAUAUGACCUGCAUAAAAGCUGUUGGUAUUUUAUAAACGUAGUAAUAAACAUGAAUCGUGACACGAGGACACGUCCUAUCUGCUUGCUAUGUUAACAUUUAAAUGUGCCUUCAAAAUAAGAUGCAUGGCAAAUACAAAGUGCAUGAAAAAUACGACUCACCAUCGCCGCAUAUUACGCAGGGUGGGCUUGGUGCGUGGGAAUAUCCCGUUAAGAUAAAUCCGUAUUUUAAAUCGGACUCCUGAUACUGUCUAUUAAAUGUCACCUUCUUUUUCUUGGAAGUCGUCGGCUCCUCUUCUGUCUGCCCAAAGAAACUUUCCAAAGACGUUUUUUUUUUUUAACUCAUUUUGCUAGCCCCCGGGUUUCAUUUCACGUGACUGAGAAGAACGCCUUCACCUGCGUCAAGCGUGACAUACUGUAGACCACAGGUGUCAAAGUCAAGGCCCGGGGGACAAAUCCGGCCCCCCAUGUCAUUUUAUGUGGCCCGCGGGAGCAAAUCAUGUGUCAACUUUCAUGAUUCUUGCUGAAAUCUGUACCGAAAUGUCAAAUUGUCAUGGGUAAUAAAUAAUGUUGAGAUUUUGCACCGGCCCACCGAAGGAAGCCAUAACUCUAAAGUGGCCCGCGACAAGAAAUGACUUUGACACACCUGCUGUAGACGUAUGUAAAAGAUAAUCCAGCAAAUUUUCAAAAUAAAACAUCUUUCAGAUUCUGAAAUGUCUAAAACGAAAGUCAUGUAAGUUAUUUAUUCUUUCUGUGCGGCCCGGUUACCAAAUGAUCGACCGACUGGUACCGGUCUGCGGCCCGGGGACUGGGGACCCUGCUUUAGAUCAUAGCCGUCGAACUUUGGUCCUCCAGGGCCACUAUUCUGCAUGCAAACGAUCAACUCAUCAGCAAGCUGUGGGAAGCCUGAUCAUGAUCCCGAUUGUUUGAAUCGGGUUCGUUGAAGGAGGGAGGCAUCAGAAACGGGCGAGACAGGGGCCCUCGAGAACUGGAGUUUGACACCCGUGCUGGACCUUCGGUGGUCUCUGUAAGGUUGAACAUAGCGGAAUUUGCUUUGUACAACCAAAUUCAAGACAGCAAAUAGCUUCGCGAGUCUGCAACGCAAGAAAGAAAGGUUUCAUCUUAACUCAUUCAGUACCAGCCAAUUCUAAAUCAAGUCUGAAAAGACGUUUAAAAACGUCUUUGGGAGUGAAUGUGUUUUAAAAGCGGUUUGGUUGACAUAACAACAUUUCCAGCUAUUGUGAGUCCUCCCGACGGUUCUCCAGUCACGUAAGGCGAAAAGACAAUGUCAAUCUUUUUUUUUAAUUUUUUAACAGAUUUUAUUUGACAUGUUUGACCGGGGAAUCAUAAUUUAGGUCUUGAACAUGCAGCGACCCUGUUUCCUGUACGAAAUAUCUGACUUGGCAUUAGAAAGUCUUUUUGAG